AUGAAUAUUCAGGACGUAGACUCUAUUGGUGGUGAUAGUGGACUGGAUGGGUUAGGAGGACCAGGUGUACAACUUGGAAGUCCAGAUAAGAAAAAACGCAAGGCCAGUACACAGGGGCCUUCUUUUCCUCCAUUGUCUGAGUAUGCUCCACCACCCAAUCCCAACUCUGACCACUUAGUGGCUGCUAAUCCAUUUGAUGACAACUAUAAUACGAUUUCCUAUAAGCCACUACCUUCGUCAAAUCCCUACCUUGGCCCUGGUUAUCCUGGCUUUGGAGGCUACAGCACGUUCAGAAUGCCACCUCACGUUCCCCCAAGAAUGCCUUCCCCAUACUGUGCUCCUUACUCACUCAGGAAUCAGCCACAUCCAUUUCCUCAGAAUCCUUUGGGCAUGGGUUUUAAUCGACCUCAUGCUUUUAACUUUGGGCCACAUGAUAAUUCAAGUUUUGGAAAUCCAUCUUACAAUAGUGCACUAGGUCAGAAUGUUGUCAACAUGCCUAAUCAACAUUUUAGACAAAAUCCUGCGGAAAACUUCAGUCAGAUUCCUCCACAGAAUGCUAGCCAAGUAUCUAACCCUGACUUGACAUCUAAUUUUGUCCCUGGAAAUAAUUCAAAUUUUACUUCUCCUUUAGAACCCAAUCAUUCUUUUAUUCCUCCCCCAAACACUUUUGGUCAAGCAAAAGCGCCACCCCCAAAACAAGACUUUAGUCAAGGAACAACCAAAAACACCAACCAAAACUCCUCUGCUCAUCCACCUCACUUAAACAUGGAUGACACAGUGAACCCCAGUAAUAUUGAAUUAAAAAGUGUUAACCGGAACAACGCUGUCAACCAAGAGAACAGUCGUGCCAGUAGUACGGAAGCUGCAAAUAACACCCAUGCAAAUGGGACACAGAAUAAGCCGCGACAGCCUAGAAGCGCAGCAGAUGCAUCCACCUCUGAAAAAAGCAAUAAAUCCUCUCUCCACCCAAGCCGUCACGGCCACUCAUCUUCCGACCCAGUGUAUCCUUGUGGGAUCUGUACAAAUGAAGUGAAUGAUGAUCAGGAUGCCAUUCUGUGUGAGGCAUCCUGUCAGAAAUGGUUUCAUCGGAUCUGCACUGGAAUGACUGAAACAGCCUACGGCCUUCUAACUGCAGAAGCAUCAGCAGUGUGGGGCUGUGAUACGUGUAUGGCUGACAAAGAUGUCCAGUUAAUGCGCACUAGAGAAACGUUUGGCCCACCUGCUGUGGGCACGGAUACUUAAUCAUAGGCGUGAGCUAAAAUGCUUUCCCCCGGUGUAUCACGAAGGUUCAGUGAAACAGGAUUUUAGUGUUUUACAUUAUUUUUAAAAUUCACACGCUAAAAGAUUAUUUACCUUUUAGUUUUUAUUAAUGUUACAUGUUAGUACUAAUACAAGUUUUUAAUGAUCUCUUUUUGCUAGCUGAGAAUAAUGUAUGUGGGAGUGCUAUAGAAGAAAUCAUACAAAUAAAUGUUCAUUGUUAUUGUUUAUCAUAAACAAAAGCCUCUUGAUGCUUCAAAAAGAGAUAUUGCAAAUGUAGGCAAGUUUUAACUUUUGAAAGUUAGAAUCAUUGAAAGAAAUACUUCAUUGCUGAACUUUGAAAGUGCCACAUUCAACCAUUAGUUCAAAAAGCUUUUCAAGGCUAUAUUUAGCAUGUUUUUAGAACAAAAUGUGCAUAGCUAUAAGAUGGGGCGAAGCAUGGGUGUUUUUAAUGGGUGCUUUAAGAAGCAUUAGAACAUGAUACCAGGUUUUCCAACCUAGACUAGGGUGCUUGAAAUUAGUAACUUUCCAAGUCAGUUUUGCAGGAUAUCUGUUUGUAUGACUAUGAGACAGAGCUUCACAUAUAGGAGAAAUACCAUAUUUAUUGAUUAACAAAGAUUGUACCAUAUGAAAUUGCUAAUAUUUAAUCAGCUGGAAAUUGACCGCAAUAGUAAGAGUUAAUGUAAGUAUAUUUCCAGUUGUGCUGUUUAUAGUUAUAAUAGGGUGAUGCUCUUAAAUUAUCUUGGGUUAUUCAGUUGUUUUUAGUUUUCUAGAGAAAUAAACAGUGUUCUCAGUAAAUUGUGAAUACUCUUUUAUAACUUUAAACUGGUAUAUAUUGCAAAUAAGGCAGGUGGAAAUAUCAGUUCAGCCUUAGAGGGCUUUGCUUAUAAAAGAACUACUCAGUAGUGGUUUGAAAAGUUUUGUUUGGAACCAAAAAUGUGUCUCAGAGGACAUCAAAAUUAGCUUUAAGAAAAGAUCAAUGGAGAGCCAAAUAGAAAGCUAACUAACAUACCUAAUCAACAUUUUAGACAAACUCCUGCUGAAAACUCCAGUCAGGUUCCUCCACAGAAUGCUAGCCAAGUAUCUAGCCCUGACUUGGCACCUACGCCUUGCAGCUAGGAGUGUCUGUUGUAACUUGGGGAAGUACAAAAAAUGGGCAAGAAAAGAAGUACCUUCUUGAGAGAUGAUAAAAAAUGGAGACCAUUUGAGAUGUGCGCCUUAGAUUCAAAACUGGAGGAAAAGAAAAAGAUUCAAAAUAGCAAAGCCAGUGUUUGGAGUGUAUCAUAGCCUGUGAACAACAGUACUGAAUUACAUUUGCAGUAAUUUAUAUCAUGGUUCAACUUGAAGCUCCGAAGCAUGCCACCCACAUUAUGAGUGCAACCAAAAAAGUGAUGAAGACUGUAAGCCUGGUAGUCUGCAAAUGGGACAGUUUAUUACUAAAAUCUGAAUGAAAUAGGGAUAGCAACAGCAUGUUAUAGAGAAAUUAAAAACAUGCAUGAAAAUUUGAUUUUAAAACGUGGUAACAAACAAACAAAUAGUACAGCACUUGACCUCCUAAGUCACAAGCCACCACUGAAAAGUCCAUUGAAUUGGGCUUUGAAAUUCUGUCACAUUCACCAGACCUUAAUCUAAUGGAUAUAUUUUUCAUUAUUUGUAGCAUUUGGUAAGGAACAGCACAUUACCCAAAUGAGAAGCAAUAACUGGAUUAUUUCAAGAAUUUAUUCUUUCUGACAAAUGGAUUUUAUAAAAAUGAAAUAAAUGUUAAUAUCCUAUUGGGGAAAAGCUAUUGAUGAUGUUAUAUACUUAUUUUUUUAAUGCCAUAUUUUAAUUUUGACUUAUAAAAACAGCAAUUUCAUAUGGUACAAGUUAGUAAAGGUUUUUCUCCGCUUACCUUUCACUGGUCAAAAGUCAGUACAAAAUGUUUUCAAAGUUUUAAAAUACAGAUAUUUACAAUUUUAAGAAAUGAAAUUAUAUUAACUUUAG